CGGCCGCCGCCGUCCGCGCCGGAGACCGCAGCUCGGCGCAGGGGCGCCCGUCCUCCGCGCCCCGGGAGCCUCCUCCAGCCCGCGCGCCCGGCGGACAGCUCGGGCCGUCCCCCGCCGCAGCCGCCGCUCGCCCGGCAGGUUCUGCUCCUUGGUGGGAAAACAGCAGAAGAAGACAGCUAAGGCACCACCAGUGCCAAAAGGCUGGCGGGCUGUGUCCCAAGAGCAGCUGAAGGCAUCCAAGGCCGGUCCACCGAGAAGGAGGUCUAAUGGUGCAAACAAGCCAGAGGACUUUGACACGAGGCAAAGGUGGUUUGGACAAGUCGUCAGUCGUGGCCUGUGCUUUCCUAGUCCAGUCUGGUUCGAGUGAGAUGGACUAAAGCGGAAAGCCAUCUGGUUCUUUGUCUGGGAAUUGGAGAGAGGAUUGGGAUGGUCUCUCGUGCCCAUCCCUAGGCUAACUGCAGCCAUGAGUUCAGACGAGAAGGGCAUAUCCCCUGCUCAUAAAACAUCCACUCCGACCCACAGAAGUGCCUCCUCUUCAACGUCCUCUCAGAGGGAAAGCAGGCAGAGUAUCCACGUUUUGGAGAGAACUGCUUCUUCAGGCACGGAGCCCUCUGUCAGUAGGCAGUUGCUGGAGCCGGAGCCCAUCCCCCUCUCCAAGGAAGCUGACAGCUGGGAAAUUAUAGAAGGGCUGAAAAUAGGCCAAACCAAUGUCCAGAAGCCAGACAGGCACGAGGGAUUUAUGCUGAAGAAGAGAAAAUGGCCUUUAAAGGGCUGGCACAAGCGCUUUUUUGUCCUGGAUAAUGGAAUGCUGAAGUAUUCAAAGGCUCCACUUGAUAUACAAAGAGGGAAGGUCCAUGGGAGCAUAGACGUCGGACUGUCUGUCAUGUCAAUUAAGAAGAAAGCUCGGAGAAUAGACCUUGACACGGAGGAGCACAUCUAUCAUUUGAAGGUGAAGUCCCAGGACUGGUUUGACGCAUGGGUCUCCAGACUGCGGCAUCACAGGCUGUACCGUCAGAAUGAAAUUGUGAGAUCACCUAGAGAUGCGAACUUCCACAUACUUCCUGCGACUCCCACGGCCGAGUCCUCCCCAGCUGCUGAUGUUUCCGUUGUGGAUGGAAAGAUGCAGCCCAGCAGUUUCCCAUGGCAGUCCCCUUUACCCUGCAGUAAUAGCCUCCCUGCAACCUGCACAACAGGGCCGAGUAAAGUGGCAGCCUGGCUGCAGGACUCCGAAGAGAUGGACAGGUGUGCGGAAGACCUUGCACACUGUCAGUCAAACCUUGUGGAACUUAGCAAGCUCUUACAGAACUUGGAGAUACUUCAGAGAACCCAGUCAGCGCCCAACUUCACCGACAUGCAGGCUAACUGUGUAGAUAUUUCAAAGAAAGACAAGCGGGUCACAAGACGCUGGAGAACAAAAAGUGUCAGCAAAGAUACAAAAAUACAACUGCAGGAAGGGCCACCUGCGAAGGGCCAGUUCAACACGACCCGGCGCCGGCAGCGGCUAGCGGCAGCAGUGGCUACAACAGUUCCGUUCAGCGCCACCAUGUCUCCAGUGCGGCUGCAUUCUUCCAAUCCCAACCUUUGCGCAGAUAUUGAGUUUCAGACCCCUCCGAGCCACCUCACCGACCCUCUGGAAAGCUCCACGGAUUAUACCAAGCUACAGGAAGAAUUUUGUCUAAUUGCACAGAAAGUGCACUCCCUUCUGAAGUCUGCAUUUAACAGCAUAGCUAUAGAGAAGGAGAAGCUGAAGCAGAUGGUGGCUGAGCAAGAUCACAACAAAGGCCACAGCACACAGAUGGCCAGGCUCCGACAGUCACUGUCCCAGAGUGAAGGAGCCAACAAAUCCUGGGCACUCAACCAGAAUGCUGAGCUCAGGAGUCGGCUGAACAGAAUCCACUCAGAGUCUAUCAUUUGUGAUCAGGUUGUCAGUGUUAAUAUUAUCCCUAGCCCUGAUGAGCCUGGCGAGCAGAUCCAUGUCAACCUCCCUCUGUCACAGCAGGUGGCCAAUGAGAGCCGCCUCUCCAUGUCAGAGUCCGUCUCAGAGUUCUUCGAUGCUCAAGAGGUGCUUUUGUCAGCAAGUUCAUCAGAGAAUGAGGCUUCUGAUGACGAGUCCUACAUCAGUGAUGUGAGCGAUAACAUCUCAGAAGACAACACCAGUGUUGCGGACAAUAUUUCUCGGCAAAUCCUGAAUGGGGAGCUCACAGGAGGCGCCUUCCGCAAUGGCCGCCGCACGUGCCUGCCCGCUCCUUGCCCUGACACCAGUAACAUUAACCUGUGGAACAUCUUGAGGAACAACAUCGGCAAGGACCUGUCGAAGGUCUCCAUGCCGGUGGAGCUCAACGAGCCGCUCAACACGCUGCAGCACCUCUGUGAGGAGAUGGAGUACAGCGAGCUCCUGGACAAGGCCUCAGAGACGGACGACCCCUACGAGAGGAUGGUUCUCGUUGCUGCCUUCGCAGUCUCAGGGUACUGCUCCACCUACUUCAGAGCAGGAAGCAAGCCAUUCAAUCCGGUCCUGGGGGAGACCUAUGAAUGCAUCAGAGAAGAUAAGGGGUUUCGGUUCUUCUCAGAACAAGUUAGCCAUCAUCCACCCAUAUCAGCCUGUCACUGUGAAUCAAAGAACUUUGUGUUUUGGCAAGAUAUCAGAUGGAAGAAUAAGUUCUGGGGGAAGUCGAUGGAGAUCCUGCCUGUUGGGACCCUGAAUGUCACGCUUCCAAAAUAUGGGGAUUACUACGUGUGGAAUAAGGUCACCACGUGCAUACACAACAUCCUCAGCGGCAGAAGAUGGAUCGAGCAUUACGGUGAAGUGACCAUUAGAAAUACCAAAAGCAGCGUUUGCAUCUGCAAGCUCACAUUUGUCAAGGUGAACUACUGGAACUCCAAUGUGAACGAGGUCCAGGGUGUGGUGAUAGAUCAGGAGGGGAAGGUGGUGCACCGGCUGUUCGGGAAGUGGCAUGAGGGGCUCUACUGCGGGGUGCCCCCCUCGGCGAAGUGCGUCUGGAGGCCAGGUUCUCUGCCAACCAACUACGAGCUCUACUACGGCUUUACGAGGUUUGCUGUGGAGCUCAACGAGCUGGAUCCUGUCUUGAAGGACCUCCUUCCUCCCACAGAUGCCCGGUUCCGGCCAGAUCAAAGAUAUUUGGAAGAAGGCAACUUAGAAGCCGCAGCUGCAGAGAAACAAAGAGUUGAGGAACUGCAAAGAUCACGGAGACGCUACAUGGAGGAAAAUAACCUUGAGCAUGUACCAAAAUUUUUUAAAAAAGUUAUUGAUGCAAAUCAAAGAGAAGCCUGGGUUUCCAAUGACACCUACUGGGAGCUUCGGAAGGACCCUGGGUUUAGCAAAGUAGACAGCCCUGUUCUUUGGUAAAGUGGAGGCAUAGAGAUAGCCAACAUACCACACUCCGAAUGAAUAAAUAACUAUGCACAAUUAUGUUUCUUAUAGCUACGCGUGGUUUCUGGGUCGACUGAAAACCUCCCAUUUGCUUUUCUAUUCAUCUUUAUAAUGGAUUUUCAAAAGUGCAUUAGACAAGGCUCCUAACCACUUUUGGAUCCUUUCUGUUUUGCUGCAACCAUAUUCCUUAAAAAAUAAAAUAAAAAGUAAAACCCGUGCCCUCCUCGGAAAGCAGACUAAAAGAAGGAGAAUAUAAAAUCUGCAGUCGGAAAAGCUGGUAAAGAAGAUCAGAGUGUAACUGGUGCUAGAAGCCGAUCAGGAGCGUUGAAAGCAGCACACAGUCUCCGUGUUUGGUCCGCGGUCUGCGAGGGUCCUCCCCACGUUAGGAGCUCCUGGGCCACUGGGGUCGGUUGGUUCAGACUCGAAGUGUGUUUCUUGAUGUGGUGGGCUUGUUCCAGCCCAGUCAAGAUCGACAUGACGCUUCCCGAAACCCACUUCAUUUUUACAACAUUGUUCAUGCCUUAAGAAAUGCAAAGAUGUACAAUAAACUGUUUUUUAAAUGUGUGCUCAUAGGUGUAUGUGAAGGACAGAUCGUUAGAGUCCCAGCAUGAUUCACUUCCUCAGUCAAAACAUUGAUUCAGCUGAUAGAAGAGGAUUGAAUGAGGAAAAACUCGCUUCCUUUGCUAAGUCAGUUAUGGUGCGGUAGAUCUGAGGGGCAAGAGGGCUGAGGUGUGGUGCAUACGCUAGGAAGAUCUCUGCAUCCGGGUUGCUCUCUGGAUGCCUGUCCUGUGUCCGGAGAGUAAGCCACCCAUUCUCCAUCUGACCUCACAGUGUGCCCUGGUAUUUGGCAAAAGCUGUAUUCAAUCUGGACCCCCGUCAUCAGUGUUAAAAACCCCAGUAGGAAGUAACAGACACUUGGAGUUUCGCCUGGGCUGGGGAAUUCCGCCCGGUACUGUUUGGGCGGUGCACAGGCCUGUACGGCACAUCCCUGACUCAUGCCCGCCCCUUGGCACGGUUGAGAUUCCACAGAGAACAAAAGCUUAUUUGCAUUAUGUAAAUGGAUCCUAUGCAAAAUCACCUUCCUUUUUUUAAAAUCAAGCAAUUCCAUAUGAUACAUGGUUACAUAUUAAUCAUCUACCUUGCUAAUGGCAGAAAUAUAAAACCUAGGCUGAAAAAGAAAAUAUUAUCCAUUCCAAAGGUGGGGAUGGGCAAGAUGUGGUUUGAAUUCUUCGGGUUUUGUUUCUUAUCCACAGGCACACAAUUUUUGUAGGAAGCUUGCAUUGGCAUUCCUAAGUUUAUGCACGUACAUGACUAUAUAAAUGCCUGUAUGUUUAAAAAAAUCGCUGUAGGGGGCUUCCUAGUGAAUUAGAAAAUUACAUAUAUUUUAUUGUUAGAGUUUUAUUCUUAGAUUCUUUCCAUCUGGAUUUAAGUGUUACUUUAGACUCUGGUAACAAGGUUAGUGACAUUUAUAUUUUGUUAAGAGGCAUCAAUUUUGGUAUUAUUUCUCCCCAACAAAGCAUUCCUAAUAAUAGCUAAUUCACCAUAAAACCCAAAGCUGCCAAGAACGUGAAGGGAGACUGAGCAUUUCCACUAGAUGGAGCAGUUCUAAAAUUCAUCCCUCCUUCAUCUAGUCCAUGCAUCAAGUACACAGCAGGCUUUCAUUAGCAUGAAACUUCACUCCCCAAUAAAUGGCGCAAGUCAAGCAUAGCCAGAGCUAAGCUUUAGGCUUACCCAGCCCUCUCCCCGUGCUCCUUGAUUUCUUGAACUCUCGUGUGAAAUCUUAAGUGUUUUGUUUUUUCCGCAAUUGUAAAACCUUUCCCCUUGAUGUGGGCUACACUUUUCUCCAAUCUUUGCGUCCUCAGUUAUAUCUAAUUUUAAUCAGACCUAGAACUUAAUUAGAAUCCUAUUGACUUCCUCACACAAGUUGUUUUUCUUCCACGUAGUGAAUCUUAAGGUAUGAUUUGAAGUGGGUUUCAGCUGUACUUAACUAGUGUUUUUCUAAACUGCCUCACACUGACCUAAAUAAGAAAAGAAUCUUGCAGAAUAAAGGUACACCAAGGUGGGGAAUGGGAAGGAGAGGUGAUCCAAAUGUGAUAGGAUCUGUCAGCUUAAUAAAUGGCAGAAGACCCAGGACCCUUCAGGGGAGUCACCACUGUCCCCAGGGGUGGGGUUAUCUGAGAAGAAGGGAGAAAGACCGGAUAAGGCCGCCAGUAGAGGGAUAUCAUAAGGUUAGAUGAUAAGUAUGAGUGGCAAAUGAUGGUUAGGUCUGCCCUGAAACUCUAAUUGGGAUUUCAAGAUAAAAAUGACAGAAGUAUCACGUUAAUUACAAUCACAUUUUAUAAUAUUCUCUGUUUUCAACCUGUCUUGAGAUUGAGAUGCCCCAAUUGCGUUCAUCAAGUCAUCCGUUAGGCUUUAGGCUCUCCUGGAACCCCCAAGUCACGCAGCUCCCGACAGAACACCUGCUAGGGUUGGCACAACGGCCUCCUUCCUCCAUUUGCACAGUGGUUAAGAAGUGGUCAGGCUUAACCCUGUUGCGAUUUCAUUCCCGUAACAUGUCAGCCAGCGGGGCUAAAUAUCAAAAGGGUGAAUGUUAGCCUAUUCUCUUGAUGAAACGCGAUGUGUUCCUUGGGAUCUUACACAAACCUUUAUAUUUGGGGCUUGCAGCUUUGUUUUCCCUUCAAAGGGUGGAGGGGGCCUUGGUAUGUCUGUGUUCUUUUUUCAUGCUUUAUUUUCAAGCUUGCUCCCCUCCGGUGAGAUGGUCAUUAGAGUUGCAGUAGCCCGGAGGCUUUUGGCAAGACCGGCCUGAUGAAUGGCACACGCCAGCACUUGCAGGGGCUCACCAAAAAUCAAUCAUUUUCAUGCCCACUGCUGCUAACCAAGGUGCAAAGUAACUCUUCAGUGUUGCUGAUAGUUUUUUGUUAUUUUUAAUUAUUGUUGUUUUUCAUGGAUUAUUUUAAAAUACUAUUCAUUAUUAUCUCCAAGUAUUUGAAAAAAUAAACUUCACUGAAGACACCCUUUAGUGGUACAUGUCACUUGUAUGUGAGAGCAGGGACCAAAUUUAAUUUUUCUGGCUGAGGGAGACCAAGGGGGUUUUGGUACAAAGAUUUCCAAAUUGUCAGUUUCCUGACUCUUUUGUGCUCAAGCUCUCAAUGCUUUUGGCCUUGUGUUUAUCUGCAUGACCACUUGCCAGUCAUUAGAUCCUGUCCCAAGGAGCCUAGAGAGGGAGGGAAGCUCUGAGGAAGAAAACCUGAUUAUCCUGUUUUGUUUAAUACUAAGGAACAUUUUUGCUACUCUUUUGUGGGUUUAAUUAUCCACCUUGUCUAAUACUGUUCUCUGUCGUCCUAGAAAAUGGAGCGUUGGUAGGAGCAGAACUCCACCAGGGGCUGUGACGGACAUUUGCGCUUGGCUCAGUAUGUUCCGAAUGUGGCACAGUAAAUAAUGUUUGUGUACAAAAUAGUAGUUUAUUUCUAUGAGAGCAGUUAUGUUCAGGAUAUAUAAAAAUGUAUCUAAUUAAACCACUAUGAAUCUA